AACCAUCGACAGACGCGGAAGGUCUGCCGGACCUUCCGACAGACGGCACCAUCACUAAUGACAUCGACAAGACCGUUGGUCCCAGGGCAAUGGCCUCGAACGGCUGCGCCCAAGUUUCCCCCGAGCGCAAGUUUCUCAUCGUCGAGACCCUCCGCCAGCAAGGCUUCGUGGUCGGUAUGAUGGGAGACGGUGUACACGACGCGCCCGCCCUCAAGCAGGCGGGCGUCGGGAUCGCUGUUCACGGCUCGACGGACGCUGCUCGGGCCUCCGCCGACGUCGUCCUGACGUUGCCCGGCCUGUCGACCAUCAUCACUGCCAUCGAGGUGCACCCCUUGGUGGUGUUUUUGUUGUUUCGUCUGCUUCGUUGGAAGGUGUUGCCGUGGUCUUGGUAGAUGC